UUUCCAUAGUAACGUAUCAGUUUUGGUUGUUUUGAUGCGUUGCUGGACUGAAGCAAACUGAUGUCCUAGCAUCAAACAAGCACUUUACGUGUAGAUAUAGCUAGCUAAACUAUUGUUAUAUUUUUACAGUAGGAAGCUUUCUAGCUAGUAAACCGUUCCUGAAACGUAGCUAGCAAGGUACUUAAAGAGUUGGUGGCCAAAGCGGGCCAGUAAGGAGGUCAGAAUGUCGGGCGACCUGGUAGGAGUGUGGGAAGUGGCCCUGAGCGAUGGAGUCCAUCGGAUUGAGUUUGAACAUGGCACAACCACGGGGAAAAGGGUAAUCUACAUAGACGGAAAGGAAAUUGUAAGAAGAGACUGGAUGUUCAAGCUGGUGGGAAAGGAGACCUUCAAUGUAGGAAGUGCGGCCACCAAAGCCACCAUUAACAUUGACGCAGUGAGCGGCUUUGCUUACGAAUACACCCUGGAGAUCAAUGGAAAGAGCCUGAAAACGUACACGGAGAACCGCUCCAAAGUCACCAACACUUGGCUGCUCAACCUGGACGGCAUCGACUGCAGGGUCGUCCUGGAGAAAGACACUAUGGAUAUUUGGUGUAAUGGACAAAAAAUGGAGACAGCGGGGGAGUUUGUGGAAGAUGGUACUGAGACACACUUCACUCUAAGCGACCAUGACUGUUGCAUUAAGGCCGUGAGCAGUGGAAAGAGGCGAGAUGGCAUUAUCCACACUUUGCUUGUGGACGGCACAGAGAUAGCUGAAACCACAGAGUGAUUGUCUGUAUAGGUGUUUUGAGCACUUUGUUGGAGUGAAGAAAGCCUUUUUCAAAUCAGGGACAAAAUAAUAGACUGAACAUUGGUGCUGUGUGAUAUUUCACUGUCAAGCUGGAGUCCAUGAGGCACCUCUGCACAAUGUCCAUGAUCUUAGAUGGUUAACCACCAAAGAUCAUGGGCAUCGUGCAGAGGUACCUCAUGGGCUCCAGUUCUGUAGACAUACAGUAUUUUAUAUAAUUUUAUCUGGUAAACUGACAUUAUCACCAGUGAGUGAAAGGCAGGUUGCACAGUUGUGUCAAGAGGAGUAGUAAUGUCAAUUCAGUGUUUUUCCUAAAUGGGAAAACAUUUUUUAAUUUUUAAGUUGAUAUUCCAGUCACUUUCCAGAAAGUGCACUGUGUAUGAGGAAUCAUCCUUGUACUUGUAAUUUACAAAACACACAUUCUGCUUCCCAAAUGGCACCCUAUUCCCAUAUGGGCCCUGGUCAAAAGUAGUGCACUAUAUAAGGAAUAAGGUGCCAUUUGGGACACAGAACCUGUCCAUGGGCCAUGCAGCUCACUUAUAAUGCAUUAAUGUGCCAGUAAUUUGCUUUUUUGUGUAGGCUGCAACAUUCUAAAACAAAUUAAUUGUAAUAACUGGAGUAUUUAUAAACAGAUCUGUCCCGUGCAUAGUUGGUAACAUCAAUGGUAUGUUUAUGUUAAUGAUUAUUGGAUGUCAGCCCUUACAAUUAAUUAAUUAAUUGAGUUUAGGCAAGUUUGGUUGGUGAUAAGUGUAUGUAAAUACAGUAUAUGAACUUGUUGGCCCAAAUUCUAACAGUUGCAGCUAAAGGAAAACCACACUGGGGGUUCACUCAGAAUGUUGAUGCUGUAUUGGAGGUGUUAACUGUUAAGAAUGAUUAAUCUCAGUUAACCCAGAACUAUACUCUCACAUAAUUGGUCAGAUACUUGAUUAUGUUCUGGGUGUUUAGAGAAUGAGGAUCAAAACCGUAACGAAGAGCUUCACAAUCUCACUUUGCAAGUUACGGGCAAGUCUAUGGGCAAAAUGUCCACUCCCCUUCGGGAAAAAAAGUGCUAACAUCUGCGAAAUUGUGAUUUGUCCAAAGCACCAGAACUAAUGCUGCUCGUUAUCCCAUGCAUCCCGUUGUAUUUUGACAGGUCUACGCUACCAUGUAUAUUUAUGUAGUCUGUCCAGGAGAGAUGAAAAACGGACACUUGCCAUUAGAUAUUGACGUGAAAACACACCUGUCCAAAGUAUAACGUAAACCUGUCCAUGUACCAGUUUUCCUAUAUCUGUGAUUGAUUGAUUGAUUUGGGGUCAAUUCAAUGGAACGGGACUUCUUUUGCUAGAUUCUAGCCAGUGUCUGACAUGAACAGAAUAAACUGUGCUGUUGCUCUCAGAUUCUAUUUAUUUUAUAUCAAAAGAGCACUAUAUGUAUUCAGGUAUAGUUACUGCAUUGUUUGUAUUAUGUACACUGCAUGACCAAAAGUAUGUGGACAGACACCUGCUUGUCAAACAUCUCAUUCCAGAAUCAUGGGCAUUAAGUUGGUCACCCCUUUGCUGCUAUAACAGCCUCCUCUCUUCUGGGAAGGCUUU